GCCGGAAGCGGCAGCCAGGGUCGGUCUGGGCCUAGGGGAGGAGGGCCAAGGGCGCGGGCGCUGCGGCCCCUGGCUGUGCUGCACUAGAGGAGGCUGUGGUCGCGACUGAGGCGGCGCAAACACUGCGGGCAUGGUGGGCCGUGAGAAGGAGCUCUCCAUCCAUUUCGUCCCCGGCUGCUGCCAGCUGGUGGAGGAGGAAGUGAACAUCCCUAGCCGGCGGGUUCUCAUUACCGGUGCCACCGGGCUUCUUGGCAGAGCGGUUUACAAAGAGUUUCAGCAGAGCAACUGGCACGCCGUUGGCUGUGGCUUUCGCAGAGCAAGACCAAAAUUCGAACAGGUGAACCUGCUGGAUUCUGAGGCAGUUCAUCACCUCAUUCAUGAUUUUCAGCCUCACGUCAUAGUGCACUGUGCUGCAGAGAGAAGACCAGAUGUUGUUGAGAGUCAGCCAGACGCUGCUUCCCAGCUGAACGUGGGUGCCUCUGGGAAUUUAGCAAAGGAGGCAGCCGCAAUUGGAGCAUUUCUCAUCUACAUUAGCUCAGAUUAUGUGUUUGAUGGCACAAAUCCCCCUUACACAGAAGAAGAUAUACCAAGUCCCCUGAAUCUGUAUGGAAAAACAAAGUUAGAUGGAGAAAAGGCGGUCCUGGAGAAUAAUUUAGGGGCUGCUGUGUUGAGAAUUCCUGUUCUGUAUGGGGAGGUUGAAAAGCUUGAAGAAAGUGCCGUGACUGUUAUGUUCGACAAGGUGCAGUUCAGCAAUAAGUCAGCGAACAUGGACCAUUGGCAGCAGAGAUUCCCCACACAUGUGAAAGACGUAGCCAGUGUGUGCCGCCAGCUGGCGGAGAAGAGGAUGCUGGAUCCAUCCAUUAAGGGAACCUUUCACUGGUCUGGCAAUGAGCAGAUGACCAAGUAUGAAAUGGCGUGUGCAAUUGCAGACGCCUUCAACCUCCCCAGCAGCCACUUACGACCUAUUACUGACAGCCCUGUCAUAGGAGCACAACGCCCCAAAAAUGCUCAGCUUGAUUGCUCCAAAUUGGAGACCUUGGGCAUUGGCCAGCGGACACCAUUUCGAAUUGGAAUCAAAGAAUCACUCUGGCCUUUCCUCAUCGACAAGAGAUGGAGACAGACUGUCUUUCAUUAGUUUACGUGUUGUGUAUUUUUUUAAGUGAAAAGUAUAGUAUGUGGCACUUUUUCAAGAAUAAAGGAAAUAGUUUUGUAUGAGUACUCCUUAAUUGUGACACAUGAUCCUUCAGGUAAAUGAUGCUGUUGCACUAGGGGAGCGUUGGACCGACUGAGGGCAGUCAGGACUUUCUGUUGAUUGUUUUGUUCUGGCUUACCUUGCUACACAAGUAAUAUAAAUUAUGAUCUGUAAUGUCCAGGGUGGGGUAAACAGACUGUUAGACUUUGGAUGAAAUGCUUUGUUCAUUCCUACAACUUCCUUUUUUGCUGUUUUGUUUGUUAGCUCUUGUAUAUUGAUAGUUUCAAUGUGCGUGGAAUCAUAUGAAAAUCAUCGGUGUUCAUUAUUUGCUUUGCUUUGCUUGAGCCCAGAUCAAAAUGCUUGGAGAAAAGAAACUUUAUUUUUGCAACUGUAAGUAUGGUUUUUAAAUGCUUGAUUCUUUAAUGUGUUAUGUAUAUCAGAACUUGUAUAGCCUGAUGCCUCCUUCAUAGCACCGUGUGACAAACACUUGAGAGAGUGCACGUGUGUGUAUUUUUUUAAUAUAAAUACAUAUAUAUGUCUCUUUCCUUCUAUCUCACUAAGUGACGUUUCAUACAUGUGGUUAUAAUAAUGAGCCUUGUAAGUCUUUUGACCACUUCUCAAUAAUAAUAAAUACUUGCUGGCAUGUAA